GCGCUUUCACAGUAUUCCCGGAAGUGUGUCGCGAUCUGGCAUCGUCGCCGCUCCCUCGUCGCGCCAUUGAGAAGUCAGGGAAGCUCUCACCAACCCAUUGACUCCAAUACCAGCAGGUCCACGCAGUCAGUCAUGGCCGAGCAGGAGCCCACCCCAGAGCAGCUAGCUGCCAUUGCUGCAGAGAAUGAAGUGAGCGAGGUGGUCAACUACAAACCGCCUGCCCAGAAGAGCCUUCAGGAGAUCCAGGAGCUUGACAAAGAUGACGAAAGCCUGCGCAAGUACAAGGAGGCACUGCUGGGCUCUGUCGAUGUGGCCAUAGAUCCCAACGCUCCCAACGUUCAGGUGACACGGCUAACUCUUAUGUGCGAGACAGCCCCUUCCCCGCUGACCCUUGACCUUGAAGGAGAUCUGGAGUCCUAUAAGAAGCAGUCGUUUGUUCUAAAGGAGGGAGUGGAGUACAGGAUAAAAAUCAACUUCAAGGUAAACAAGGAUAUUGUCUCGGGAUUGAAGUAUGUACAGCAGACCUUUAGGAAAGGGGUGAAGAUUGACAAGUCAGAUUACAUGGUGGGCAGCUACGGGCCUCGGCCAAACGAAUACGAGUUCCUGACGCCUUUAGAGGAGGCCCCCAAAGGCUUGCUGGCCCGUGGAACCUACAACAUUAAAUCCAAGUUCACUGAUGAUGACAAGCAUGACCACCUGUCCUGGGAGUGGAACCUCAACAUCAAGAAGGACUGGAAAGAUUGAGCCGUUUCCAAACCCCAGCCAUUUCCUUCCUGUCAUCUUUGCUGUUUCUCCCUCCUUCCCUUCCUCUCCCACUUCCUCCAGUUCCCAUCAUCAUUACCAUAAUCAUGGAUUAACUGAUUUAAUGCAAAAGGAUCUCUCACUCCGUCCACUUUCCUGCAGUUUUCCAUCUUCCAGCUCUCCCUCUGUAUUCCCAUCCCUUUUUCUCCCAAUGAGUAUUGAGGCUUUUCAUGAAAUGUAUAUGUGAAAACAAACAAAAAUGUGCACAAUCCAUAUUUUGUGUUUUUGGUUUGUUUUAUAUAAAAGAAAAAAUGAGGGGGAAUCAUAACUUCAUGGAUACUUUUGACAUGGUUGUUAUGAGUAAUCUUCACUCCCAUCUUCCCCUUGUGUUCAAAACCCUUCCCGCUUAUCCAGUGUCAUUUCUUUUUCAAACAUUCCUUUUAUUUUUUAUUUUAACCAUGAUCUGCCUUUGAGUGUAAUGGGAGAAGGUGCCACUUGUUGAUACUUUGCUACCGGCAUUCCCUCAAGAACUCAAGUUUGCCUAUGCCCAGAUGGAAAACAUGUCCGAUGCCUUUGAGAUAAGUAAGGGUUAGCAUAGAUAGUUGACGUAGAUAACUGUAGAAAUGUAAGUGAUGCAGUGGAGCAGGUCUAUGUUGGUCGAUGUUGUAAUCUUUCUUGAAACUGACAUCUUGUCCACUAGUUGGAGCUUUACCUGUGCAGGUUCUGUUUUUGUUUGUUUUAACCAUUUCAUCGCCAUGUGGCCUUAAAUUUAUUCAUGUAGCAAGACAUUUAGUAGCUGCCUUUUUUAGCAUCUAGGUUUCCAAUCGAACCUAAUCAAAUCUUUGUCCUCUGGAGGACAAGGUGCUUCACUGACUCUUGCAUCCUCAAAGGACUAGCGAUCUCAUCUGUUGCAUCAUUCUCAAAUUGAUGGCCAGUCAAAGUUGGUGAACCUUAAUGCUGAGCAAAAAGUUGCCCCACCCUAAUUAUUGCACAUCCAACAGAUUCGUUCUUGCACACAAACCUCCCGCUUUCCAAAGACGACUGGUGCUCAAUCCGCAAAAUUGCUUGUGGCUUACACGUUGCUGUCUUGCGCUAUGACGUUUUGAAGUGGAAAAGGGUUGUUUUUGCUCACCGACCUCAAGUAUUUGACUACUUGCCCAAAAUAUUACAAACGCUGCUGAUUGUUCCAUACCUUGAGCAGCUCAAAUAUGAGCUGCUCAAGGUAUGGAAAACCUUCCGGGAACAGAAGUCAGAACUCUAAAGUAGGCGCAUUCGUUGUUGCGACUGAUUUGGAGGGCUAUUUUCCACUUUUCCUACCUUUGGUGGAGUUUAUGUCGCUCUUGGUCCUCUGCAAGCGAGAAAAUAUCUCCUUGAAGAGGGCCUUGUACUCAGGAGUGUUCUGACUCAGCCUCUUAUCCACAGCCUCCACCUGCCGGCUGAUGCCCUCCAGGGCCUCUGGAGUCGAGAGUUGCCCCACCCUAAUUAUUGCACAUCCAACAGAUUCGUUCUUGCACACAAACCUCCCGCUUUCCAAAGACGACUGGUGCUCAAUUCGCAAAAUUGCUUGUGGCUUACACGUGUUGCUGUCUUGCGCUAUGACGUUUUGAAGUGGAAAAGGGCUGUUUUUGCUCACCGACCUCAAGUAGUUGACUACUUGCCCAAAAUAUUACAAACGCUACUGAUUGUUCCUCCCAGUAUUGACAAAUAUGAGCUGCUCAAGGUAUGGAAAACCUUCCGGGAACAGAAGUCAGAACUCUAAAGUAGGCGCAUUCGUUGUUGCGACUGAUUUGGAGGUCUAAGAGUGCACCUAAAACUAAAUGCUCUCAGUUCCAGUCCAGGUGUAGUUUAACAUAAACGUUCCAACAAGAGGAUGUGCUCUUAUCACUGUACUGUUUUAUGCACACUUUAUUUCUUGGGCGACACUUGCCUGCGAGGUAGGAACUUGCUACGCUGGUCCAGAAUGCUUCUGUCUUCAUUUGUUUGGUUUCUCUGUGUACUUAUCUCUAUGAAGCUGGAGAUUACUGUUCACCUGUGUCAACAUUAAAGUGUUCAGAACAGACAUUGUUUAUUUGUCUUCCAUUUACCGUCAUGGGUGUUGUACCAUUGUUAACUUUUAUUUUCCUUACAGCAGGGCGACGUCUAGAUGGUUAACCUCAUUCUGUGAAAUUCUAAUGAGAUUCACAUUUGGUGCAACCAAGAUUGGGGGUAGAAUGGUCCCGACUUGACAGACAUUUGACUUGCAGCACAAUGUUUGGUCUAUAUUGCAACUUAUUCUGGCCAAUAACCACCCACUUAAUGCUGAAAUAUACAUACGCAUGUACAUGAACGGAGAAGCUUCCAGCUACACAAGCUCGAUUUUGUGUGUUGUUGCAUUCCAGAAUGUGUCAACACAAGUUAUAACGCAACGCAAGUAUAUGUUGCAUUCUCAAUGUUGCCACAGUGAGUUUUCUGAAGUUUUUAAGAAUUAAGGUUGCUAUUAAACUCUGAAUAAACCGUGCAAAUGACUCAAGACUUUUUGCAGAAUGAGGGGUUCCAUCUAGACAAGACCUAAAGGAGAAGAUAGAUCCAUCCUCAUCACUGAAUGCAUUAACUCAUCCAUCCAUUC